AUGGCAGCACCGAAGGCCUCAGGCAGCAGGCGGCUCGUCUUGGUGUUUUGCACGUGGAAGACACUGCUUUUCUUGCUCACUGCAUUCUGCCCAGGUCCUGGAUACGAUACCUCGGCUUUAAUCCUGACUGAUGCAAGCACCCAUCGCUACGCAAACCUCGAAUCUUCAUCUCGACUUGACCAUCUAGUCCUCAACCUCUUCCGCUGGGAUGCCUUGUACUUUGUGAAAGCUGCUGAGCGGGGUUUGAUGUUCGAGCAACAAUGGGCGUUCAGCCCGGCGUUCUCCCAGCUUCUGAGUGUUACGACGCGAUUCGUCUUCGGCACCUCGGAAGGCUCGCUUUGGUACUACAUCACCACCGGCAUCAUCGUCUCUACUGUCUGCCAUUGCUUCUCUGUGCUCGUGCUGUACAAACUUCUGACCCUACUCACGGGAGCGGGGCGGCAGCAGUCCCGGGUACCGUUUGUCGCGUCUGUACUUCAUAUCUUCACACCGGCAUCCUUGUUUCUCUCCUCGCCCUACGCUGAGGCUUUGUUCUCCCUGCUCAAUCUGACUGGUAUGCUCUGCUAUGCGGAGUCUAGAGCGGCUGCCAACCGUGCAUCCAUCAACACUCGGGAAGUUGCUCACAAGCUUGGCUCAGGUCUGUUGUUUGCUAUGGCGACAGCCAUACGAAGCAAUGGCUUGCUGAGUGGCUUGAUACUUCUGUACGACGUUGCGCGGUACUUGCCCCAGCUCUUCUCGAUGCGGAUAAAGGUGCAGGACGUUUGCAGAGUCAUCGUCACCUGUGCAUCAGGUGCUCUGAUAGCCAUUGGCUUUGUUGGACCACAGUAUCUGGCUUACUUGGACUUUUGCGGCACGGGUAACUCUACAGUCAGGCCUUGGUGCAAGAAGAGUAUCCCAAGCAUCUAUUCGUGGGUGCAGAGUCAUUAUUGGAACGUCGGACUCUUCCGUUACUGGACCAUGUCCAAUCUCCCGUUGUUCUUGCUCGCGCUUCCAAUGCUGUGGCUCUUGGUCUAUUCGAGUGUUACCACCCUCCGCAGCGGUUAUGCUCAGCCGUUGCAUGGGCGUCCUACUGUACCCCACGCUAGUGACACCCUCGAGUCCAAGCAUGCACCACUCGUAACGUGCGAGCUGCCGGAACUAGCACUACCACAGCUAGUGCUGGCUUUUGCAGCAGCCACUAGCUUCCAUGUUCAGAUCAUCAACCGCAUCGCCUCCGGUUAUCCGAUCUGGUACUUGACAGUAGCCGUAUGGCUUGUCGAAGACCGGUCAAACAAAGGGCAGUGGGCGACUCGUGCAAUGAUCAUGUAUUCUAUGAUUCAAGGUAUGCUGUUUGCUAAUUUCUUACCGCCGGCUUGA